UGGAUUCCAUAGUUCUCGUGCACAGCGAACGCAUCCUCGCUGCUGCUGAUGCUUCGUAAGCAAACUCUUGUCCUCAGAUCCACCUUCCACCCUUUCGAAUGCGUCAAAGUGCAAUCUUGCAACACAUAUUCUUUGCAGACGACCGAUACUAAUCUCAGUUCUUACUCCUCUCCUGACCCCCCGCCGCCGCCGCAAGAUAUAAUUUCGCUGAACAAAUUGAUCAGCGCACGCUCGAAAGCAGGUGAUUUGAUUUCCGCGCAGUGGCUGUUCGACAAUAUGCCCCAACGAGAUGUGGUUUCAUGGAAUUCCAUCAUGUCUGGUUACGCCCAACACGAACGGUAUGACAAGGUGCUGAAGACUUUUUCGGGCAUUGGUGAUGAUGGCUUGGUGCCUAACCAUACUUCUAUCUGCACUGCGUUGUCAGCUUGUGCUAAUAUCCGAGCUUUGGCUCAGGGAAAGCAGAUACAUGGGAUUUCGACCAAAACAUGUUCUUCGUGUAAUGUGUUUGUCGGCACUUCUCUGAUCACCAUGUACUCGAAAUGUGGUGAUUAUGAAUGUUUGAUCCAGGCCUUCAACGAAAUAGAUCGUCCAAGUGUCUCAUCUUGGAAUGCUUUGGUCUCAGGUUUUGUUCUAAACCUUCUGGUCGAUUAUGCACGUCAGAUAUUUGAUAGAAUGCCUGUUCGUAAUGUUGUUUCUUGGACAGCAAUGAUUCAUGGAUAUAUUUUGAUCAAGAAAAUAAGCAAAGCGCUAGAGUUGUUCAAGUUGAUGCCCGUCAAGAAUUCUGUAACUUGGUCAGUAAUGGUAGGGGGUUUGGCUAGUAAUGGAAUGUAUGAAGAGGCAAUUAAACAAUUCGUUAGAAUGAUUGGUCAUGGAUUCCAAUCUAGUGCUGCUAGUGUUAUUAAUGUCAUCAGUGCCACAUCUGGAUUAAAAAAUGUCAAACAAGGAAGAAAAUUUCAUGGCCAUGUAAUCAAAGUUGGACUUCAUUGUUAUGAGAGCAUUGAAGCCUCGUUGAUUGCAAUGUAUUUAAGAUGCUUGAGCAUAGAAGAAGCAAUCUUGGAGUUUAGGAAGAUGAGGAGCAAUUUUGUUGGUUCAUGUAACACCUUAUUACAGGGUUUCAUAAGCAAUGAUAAGGUUGAUGAGGCAAGGAUAUUUUUUAAUGGUAUGAAACAACGAGACAAGAUCUCAUGGAAUUUGAUGAUCAAUGGUUACUUAAAAAAUAAGAGAAUGGAUGCUGCCUUUGAGUUGUACUCAAAGAUGCACGAACCUACUGUUGAGGCAAGUACUGCUAUAAUGCUGAGCUUCAUACAAGAUGGACAUCUGCAUGAAGCACAGAAUUUAUUCAACAUGAUGCCUGAGUUGGAUGCAGUAGCAUACACUACUUUGAUGUAUGGUUAUUUAGAAUAUGGUUCACUUCAAAAAGCCAUGGAACUUUUCACAAAGAUGCCUGAACAUAAUGUUGCAACCUAUAAUAUGAUGAUUUCUGGCUUGUUGAAGCAUGGGGAGAUAACUAAAGCUUAUGAUAUGUUCAAUCAAUGCCCUAGACACAAUUCUUCUUCAUGGGAUAAUUUGAUAACUGGGUUUGUCCAAAAUAAUUUGCUAGUUGAGGCUUUUCUGCUUUACAAGAAGAUGCUACUAUCUGGUAUAAGCCCUUCAGAAUUGGUGACUACUGCCCUUCUCUGUGCUUCAUCCAAGCUAGCUAUAGUGAUUCAUGGAUUGCAGAUUCAUGCUGUUGCCAUUAAACUUGGUCAUGAAUCAUGCUUGGUGGUUGGCAAUUCCCUAAUAAAUAUGUACUGCAGAUUUGGAGAUGUAUUGACAGCUAAAUCAAUUUUUGAUCAAAUGACAGAGCAUGAUGUGGUGACAUGGAAUACAAUGAUUUAUGGAUACGCAUUUAGUGUUUCCAGUGAGAAUGCUAUGAAAUUGUUUGAUGAUAUGAGAACUAACAAUGUAGCUCCUGACUCCGUCACCUUCCUUGGCAUACUAACUGCUUGCAAUCAUAUGUGUUUGUUUGACAGAGCUCAGUACUACUUCAAUUUAAUGACACAGGAAUACGGAAUCAUGCCUGAUGUAGCACAUUACGCUUGUUUGAUUGAUCUUUUAUGUCGGAUGGGUAUGGUGGAGCAAGCUGAAAGGCUAAUCUCUUCGAUGCCCUUUCAACCUGAUCCAAAGAUCUGGACUUCACUUUUGAGUGGUUGCAGAAUAAACUGUAACAUUAGAUUGGCAACACAUGCAGCAAAACAGCUAUUAUCAUGGGAUCCAAAGAACCCAAUGCCUUUUUUACAUCUUAUAAAUGUGUAUGGAUCAGCUGGCAGAUGGGAUGAUUUAGAAACCUUGAGGAAACAGAUGGAUCGUUCAAAAUAUUACAAGCCACAAGGUUGCAGCUGGAUUUGAGCAUGCAUUUGUCAACAUCUCUUGUACUUUGAUAGGUAUCAGUUACAAAUGCUCCCUUCAGUAUUAUUUCAUCUUUGGGAUUGAAAGAUAUGAGGAUAGUCAGAUAAUUCCUGUUUUGUAUGUGAAUAGUUUUGCUGACCAUUGAGAGUCAACGCCCUCCAAUGGUUUGAAAGAGAUUUGCCAAAGGUCGAGAAAAGCAGGAUUUGAGCUACUGAGAACUGUAAAAGGGACCGUCAAGAGAAGGCAAUGAGCUGUAAGAUAAAUGAAAGUUUGAUUGUUGGGGCUUCAGAUAGGAUUCCCAGGUUGUAAAAUGCAGCAGGCAAUGGAUUGUCAUCAGCAUUCUUGUACAAGGGCUUCAAUGACUCCACUGAGAGUUCCAAUAAGGAAAUGGAUUGUUAUUGUCUUAGUUCUUCACCAUCUAUGCUGUAAUCUUCUUAUAGCAAGGUUCAAUUGUGAAUUUCAGAUUGUUCCUGCGGCCCAAAACCAUGGGAUCAUCAGCUUAAGGACACAAUUUGUACUCAUUUAGUAUCAUCGAGUUUGAUGCAUUCUGAGGUGAGAAAGUGCCAACAGAAUCUGGAAUGCUAGCUUUAAUAAGGAAACCAAUUGAGUGCCACUGAUGAAUCUAUCUAUCAUGAUACAAUACCUUUAAAUUUGAAAUCAUUCGAGUGCCAAAUUCCCUAAGGUGCAAGUGUUACAGUCACAAAGAGCUUCAUCAAAAUCAAGCAAUGUAGGAUCUGAAGUGCUGUGAAAAUGGAAAAGAUUUACACUUGCUAAGUCUCUGGACAGUAAGAAGAGUUAGAAUUUCUCAAAGGAAUAUGAAUCUUGAUCUGUCUGGGUUUGAAAUGGUUCUUUCUUGUGAUAUUGUCUUUGUUGAGCAUCUAAUAAUUAUGCUCUCUGUUUGCAAACAGUUAUCAUCAUUCUUGGACGAGGGUUUCAGUGGUUCCAUCAAGAUUGUUCUUUCUGUAUCAUUUUCACAGCAGCCCUCCUUGCAGAUUUCAGGUAUAUCGCAAUUCUAAGUAAACUAGCUUUACCCAGUCUUACUACAAAUCAUGCCAAUUAGUUGAUGAUUAAAGAGCAAGUAAAAUCCUCAUAAAUGUCUUUCUAUCAUCACUUUUGCUACACUUUCUACAGCCACACAAAUAAACAAAAUUCUUCACACUGCAAAACAAAUUCCAAACUCCUAUUAAGACA